GCCGCCGCCUUGGCCUGGACCCGAGCUCGGCCGCGGGCCCGGGCCUACCCGCUGGGCGGCUGGAGGCUACCCGACAUGGCGGGGGAGCAGGAGAAGGAGCCGGCGGGGCCGGUGCACAAACGGAAGACAGGUGCCAAUGGUGGUGGGACACAACUGAAGAGUCCAGAAAAGAAGAAGCGGAAAUCCAGUGCACAGGCGGCUCAGUUCUCGCAUCUUUCCGAGUUUGCUCCUCCACCCACCCCGAUGGUCGACCACCUAGUGGCCUCAAACCCUUUCGAUGAUGAUUUCACUCCCCCGAAAGGGGCAGCCCCGUCCAGCCCAUUCUUCAGCAAUCCAGGGGCCUUUGGAGGGUUUCGGCCGCAGUCUUCCAUCCCGCCGCACCUGCAUCCGGCUUUCAGCCCCGGACCUCAGCCCAUGAGGCGCCAGCCGCCCCAUCACUUUGCUCCAAAUCAGCUAGGCGGCGGUUUUGGUAUGCCCCAGAAUCCGAACUUUGCUCAGCCCGGUGGCAUGAACUUUGGGAACCCACCCUUCAACCAGGGUAUCAACCAGACUUUCAGCCCCCCUCCUGGCCAGCCUCUCCACCCAGGACCUCCUGGCAUCGGUCCAAGUGCCAACUUCAGCUCCAUGAUGCCCCCGAGCAUGGGUCAGCCGCCCAGGGGUGACAUGACCCCGGGUGCUGGCCCAGGGAUGAAUCCAGCCGCCGCACCCCCCAUGGGGCAGAAGUUCGUCCAGAUGCCCAGCCCCUUUAACCCGAAUCCAGCACCCCGGCCCAACCAAAGCUUCUCCAAAGGGACCAGUCAGCAGAGCCUCCUGCCGAACCCCAGUUCCUUUCCCAGUCCAGACCGGAACUUCCCUCUGCCUGAGGAUGGUGGCAAGCCUUUCAACCGUCCCGCCAAUGCUUUCAACCAGGGGAGCGAGCACUCUGGCUCCCCGGCAGCAAUCAACGGCAACCAGGCGGGCUUCAACCAGAACACCGGUGCACCGGAUGGCAGUAACUUCCCAGUGGCAACCAGCAAGAAUCCAUCCACUCACCGGCCAUCAUCUGAUCCGGUGUACCCCUGCGGCUUCUGCCUCAAUGAAGUGAAUGACGACCAGGACGCCAUCCUGUGUGAGGCCUCCUGCCAGAAGUGGUUCCACCGUGAGUGCACCGGCAUGACAGAGACAGCGUAUGGUCUGCUCACCACGGAGACGUCAGCUGUGUGGGCCUGUGACUUUUGCCUAAAGAGCAAGGAGAUUCAGUCGGUGUACUUGCGGGAGAACCUGGGCCAGCCAGUUGUAAGUGAUGGCUGAGAGGCAUUUGUGAGAUGGGGUGAGCCUGUCUUCCAUUGCUGACUCUUGACUGGAAACCUCAGCCCUGUUUGGGCAAGGAAGGGGAUGUCAAUAGGGUUAACGAUACACUUGCCUUUUUGUCACGACAGAUGGGGGGGGGAGAAAAGUAGGCUCCUCUCCCAGUGAGAGUGGGCCCCACCACUUUCGGGUUGUAAACUUUAAAAUGCACAUGGGAGUGUCCUUCAUUCUGUGUGUCUGGUUAGGGAUUUUAUGUGUAUUUGUGUGGUUGGGUGGGGCUGGGCUGGAAAGAAAUUUUUUUUUGUCCCGAGGAGGAGUGUGGAAAGAAUUCCCCCCCACCCCAUGCACAAGACGAGUCUUGGAAUGCUCGAAUGAGAAUGGAGGGGUGUAAACACAGUGUUGUGGGGGCGCAAUCCCUGGGGGAGAUGGAAAGUUGCUCUGGAAAUAUCCAUUUGAAUAAAGCAUGAUGCAGUGAAUGGGGGAGGGGUGGAGGAGAUGGAUACAUAUUUAAAGGUACACUCUUGCAAGUUGAUCACUAUAUAUUAAUGGACUGUGAAAUGAAACGUUAGAGGUGAAUAAGGCAGGCAAGUACCUAAGUAAAUUGCUCAUUGUACUGGGCCUGUUGGGAUUGUGGUGUUGCUAUCGAAGGACUUGUUGCACUACCUCCCUUCACCCCCACCAUCCCAAGACCACUUUUAAAAAAUGGCUCAGACAUUGUCCAAGUUAAAUCAUAGGCAUCAAUUAACUCUGAAUCCCCUGUGCAGAGUUCGCCCUCGAGUGAUGUCACAGAACCUUUUGGGUAUGUAGGAGCCUCCCUUCCCUGCUCUCUCCCUGUCCAGCUCGCUGGCUUCCAGUAGUCCUUGUGGUCUGUCUUGUGGGAAUAUAAAAGGCUUCACAGGAACGGCCCUGUUUUAAAAAAAAUUGUAUUUUUGAAUUCUGUAAGCUGUGGACUGCCUGAUGAGCAGAUGUUGGGUUUUGCUGGCUGCUCCUCUGAGCAGUAAUGACACUUGCUCAUUAUUUCCCCUCUGGCCCUCUUUUCCCCUUGGGAAGUACUUUCUUUGUUGUAGUGGGGGGGGGGGGGGGUCAAAUAACAUCAACAUUUCAAGCACUGUGGCCUGCCACAGUUUGUCACUGGCCAGCAGAGACAAUCCUGCAACUCCUGCCUUUCUCUGAAAAGUGCCAGGGACAGCAACCAGCCCUUUCCAUUAGGAUUGGAACAUGAGUUGAAACCAUGAGGUCCCUCCUGUUAGCAAAGGGAAAAAUGGCUACCUGAAUCUGCUGUGCCACCAAGCCCAGGGUAAGAUUAGAGGCGUAGCCCUCUAAAAUAGGGCAUAUGGCUGCUGGGGAGGAUUGCUGCUUCAUUUGCCUAUAAUUGGAAAUGGGCAGUGUAUUGAAAAUUGAGGGGACAGGGAACUAUGGAUGUGGGAGCUACUGGGCCAUUCCAGCACUGAUUGGUCCUUUCAUUUCCUUGCCACUAAUUCCUGCAUGCACAGUCACAGCCUGUGACAUCUGUGUAAGGCCUGUAGCAGCACAAGGCUGUCAGAGGGCAGUAUUUGAAAGUUCUGAGAGAGCUGGGGCAUACGUGGGGUGCACAGGGCUAAGAAAUGAUGCAGUUAUUUUUAUAAAUAGAAGAUGGCUUCAAAUUAAACCAGAAACCAAAGGUUCUGCAUUUAAACCAGUUUCACGUGUUUGCACUCUCUUCACUAUCACCAGUGUUUCCUUGCAGUCUUGAGUGGGUUAGGAGUCCAGUUUUUCGCCGGGAGAUGUAAUCCCUUUUAACCUGCCCUUAAGGUGCAGUGGCUCGUGUGACGAACUGGCCUGUGAAUUCAGUUGUGCCAUAUUUUUCAUUUUUUGACAUUGGUGAACUUGGCAUCUCUCAAGACUACCUCAUUGUAAUUGGGAAAAGAAAUCUUGUGUUUUUAAAUGCAGUCUUUUUUUUAAUAUAAAGGUCUUUUUGGUACAGAAUUCAUUUUGGUGCCGCUCAAUUCUGAUCCUUAUUAGGCAAACAACAGUAUAUAUAAUAGUGUGUAUGUUAUCGUAUGAUUAAUGUACUGGAUAUAUAUCAAGUUGUGGUAUUGUAAUCCUUCUUAAUUUCUUCCCUCCAGUGGCUCAUGGAGAGCUAACUCUGUACCUGGCAUGGGUCUCCUGUAACCCUGCACUUGCAGUUAAUUGGGCGAGGUGUUGUUCCUACAGAAACCCCCUAGAAACAGCAUGUGGGGCUCUGUCUUCAGUUUGGAAAGGUUUCUUGGUCUAAACUCCACUGAUUGUACUGAAUAUUACAGUUUUAAGUAUUUUGCCUGUAUAUGUUUGUGUGUGUUACGCUAGUGGGUGUUAUUUUUCUUUGCUAUAUUUCCACUUCCAUUCCCAACUGGAAUGUGCUUAUACUGUUUCCAGGGAGUAACAGUGUCCCCAGUUUGUAGUUAGAAUUAAAGGUACUGACCAUGCCCCUUCCAACCUUCUGCUCUGUACAAUUCAAAUGAAAGAAAGGAGUAGCCAAAGACAGUUCCACGUUCAGUCUGGGGCAGCCAUUUAAGAGCUCUGUCUGUGAGGUUAUGAACAAAUACUAACCCUUCCUACACUGCUCGUUAGGAAGCACCAAACUGCUGAUGUCCCUGGAUAAUGGUGCUGAACAUCAGAUGGAGCAUUUAAGGGUCUUGCUGGAAUGUCUGGCUUUUCCUAAUGUGUAUCUGUUCCUUGUGAAAGAAGCCAGCGUCUUGUUACUAAAUAGGGCUGGAACCUUGACAUGCCUUCAUGUGACUGGUUUACCAGCUGUGAGCAGUGUUUCCCAACAGAAGCGGUUCAGAUAUCCAGAUGACAGCUAAUGUGGAUCUUUAAUCUACCCUGGAAAAUUGAGAUUGUUUGGUGAUAGAAACUGCUUCUGGAGAUGGAUGGGUGAUGGCAUCAGAUAUGCUGACAAUUCUGGGCGGUACUAGUUUGGAACAUGUUCCAACACGGCUCCAGUUUUUGAGUCGUUUAGUAAUGUAGGUUCAUUGUGAUCUUGGGAUUUUGUGGAGGGCCAUUGAAAUGAUUCCCCUCUCCAAUUUUACCGAGUGCUGAUACCUAUGUCAGGCGUUGUGCAGUAAGCUGACUGGGUACUGAAUGAUACCAAACUCCUUUGAUCUUUGUGAGAAUGCAAAAAGAAUUGCAUUUCAUUGUGGGAAUAACUUUGUUUCCAGUUAGAUGGCAAUAACCUUGCUUUUAAGGCAGACAUUAAUGCAGGGCUGGUAGAAAUGAUUCACAGCUUCCUGUUUGUUGAUGUAUGUUCGAGUAUUGCUGCACUCAUGACACUUUUGUAGACACUGGUAUUGAACUUGUAUCUCCUUACUGUGUAGCUACUCCAAGGUUAUUUGUAUGUGCUUGUUCCCACAUCAAAGCACUCUGUCUUCCUCCAGUCCAUCUUUACCAUGGGUACCGUUCAGCUGUCCCAAGCACAAGGUUAUCUGACUGGAUUUGCAGUUUGAGCUGUUAUCUUAUCCCCUCUCAAUGCCCCCCUCAAAAAAAAAAGCUUUAGUAAACUCCAUUUUACCAAACGGAGAUUCAUUUUGGUGUACGUGGUCCUGGACUUUUGUUUGUGGAGAGAUCGAGAGAGAGAUCGUGGUGCAGAUGUAAAAGCUCGUUCUGUUUCCCCACCUGUGAAGGGACUCUAAUAGAGCAGAUGUACUGAAGAGGAUUUGUAUGUUUUGUGUCCAUGCAAUGGCUUUUGUUAUUUUAGAAACUGGUUGAGCCAGCACAUCAGUGCUGUCAGAAAGGACAUGUACCCUUAACAGUUUCUUUGUUUGCAAUUACAAAAUACAAUUUGGAUCAUGGCCUAUGUACAUUUUUUUUGAGUUUCCUGUGGACUUUCUUCCACUAGUUUUUAUUUUGAUUUUAUUGACUUUUUGUCCACUGACACUUUGGGAAAUGAUUCAUCCCAGCUGGGUUAGACUUGUCAAAAUAUGGAUGGUGCCUGGAGCGGGAGUGGACUGGAGCUACAGUGGCAGCAACUUCACUUAACUUAUUGUGUGAUUUGUAAGUGUCAAUUUGGAAUACUUCUAAAACUGACCUUGCAUGCAUGUCAUUUCUUUCAAACUUGUGUUUUGGCAAAAUUUUUUAAUAAUAAAUUACUUUGUGCAUAUUUGUAAUGGAGUUGUCCAGUUGUAAUUUUACACUCCCACCUCAAUGUGUUGCAGUUAUACAGUACUUAACCCCUUUGCUAAAGCUCUCUUGUCACAACAAACAACCUCAAUGCACUGUAUGGUUUCUUAUUGAUAGUCUUAGGAGAAUGCGUUUGAUGUUAGCUGAAUAUUCCCCACGGGAAGAUUACACUUGACCUUUUGCUUUCUUUGUUCAGCGGUACAGGAGACCAAGUACCAUGCUCGGAUUUAUUUAACACCUUUUAUCUAGAUAAAUAUCUCCUGGUGCUUCAGGGUGGUUACGAGAACAGGAAACAGGUAUUGAAAAAGUAAUAUUGCUGUUAUGAGGCAUUCAGAGGCUGGUCCUUGGAGGGUUUCAGAUGGAAAUGAAAAGGAGUUUCCAAAGUUGGGGCUGUGUCUGGUGCUGCAGAUAAAGUCCUGAAAUCGGAGGUCAAUGUGGCCCCACAUAGCUGGGCAAGUUGUGGGUACCGGAGUAACUGGACAUUUUUAAAUUGCUAUGACAAGUGUCUACGUUGGGGAAAAAAAUACAUUAGCUCUGUCAGUGUUGAAGACUCUGGAAUGUGGAGGAGAGAACCACACAUGUUGCGAAUCUCUAGGUUCCCAGUUUGAGCUUGCAGGAUUGAGACGUAAUUAUUCAUCGGAGGAGCUGGUGCUUGUCUGCAGUGUUAUGUGUUAACAAGAUCAGAAAUGAGCCUCUUUGGUCAGUACCUCAAGACGUUGCAGUGACUGAGGAUUCCCAAUGGUACUUGAGGUGCAAGUUGUGCCAUUUUUAAAGAAACCUGCAAUUCUAAAGAAAUUGUUUAUGAACAGUUUUGUAGCUUAGAGAUUUCAAAAUGUUGAUCUGCAAAUUGAUAUGUGGAAGAGCCUUUUUAAUUAAAAAUGAAAUGUUGAGUGUUGUAAAUUGGGGAAGUCAGCACAUUUCCAGAUACAGAUCUGCUAUGGUCAAUGAAGACUUAAGCAAAGCUGGCAGUGCACAUCAGUAAAUGAACAGGCCUUUAAGCCCAUCUAGUCCAUGCCAAAUGAUUCUAUUAAUUCUAUAGGGUAGAUGCUAAAUAUUGGUACAGUGAUGAAUUUGUUCCAGAUAACUUGGACAAGGGGCAAGUUGAGUUAUCCUUGGCCUUGAGACAUCCUGGGUAGAAUUGUGGAUUGCUGGGGGCUUGUUUUCUAUUGCUGUUUAUGUCGCAUGUGGGUGCUGUGCAACUUGACACCGUAGGGAGAGUCUGGGCCACUGGAGGGCAGUCUUGAUCUGACUACAGUGGUGCUGGCACCCCUGGUCAGGUUUUCACUGAAGGAUCACAAGCCAGUUGGGUAUUUAUACCAACUGUCCAACUCCAAGGUCACCUUCACUGACACCAGUGAAGAUUGUCUUGUCACGUCUAGUGGAACCACUCCAGAAAAGGAGGGUUGCACCCGUGCUCUUCUGAUUGUGAAGCUCAAGAUCCCAGACAGUAAUACUGUGAGCCUGGAACAACAUACUGUCUUUUGCUGUGGCUUUCUUUUAAUUCCCCACUUGUAAAGUUGAAAUUUGGUUUUCUAACUAUAAAAUAU